AUGAAAGAAUGGAUCCACUCUUGGGAUACCCCUCGCAAAGAAGACUUGAUGCAAAACUUCAUGUCAGCGGAAGUAUCAAAAGAAUUGGAUGACAUUCUACUACCACAUAUUGCUUCGCUUCAGAAGCUCCUUGACAGUCCAGACUUGAACCAAUAUGUUCUGGUUCGACCUUCCCGAACCAUUCCGAACCCCGAACCCAUUGUCAACUUCAACUUCAACUUCAACUUCAACUUCAACUUCAACUUCAACUAUGACGACGUCGGUCUCUAUGUCGACGUCAAAGUGUCAUCUUCUGGAUUUGCACUAUUGGUUAAUUAG